AGCAAAGGGCGUCCCAAGGCUGCUGAUUAUGAACCUGCUGUUCGGACUAUAUUUGGAGUAGCAUGGGCACUCUAUCGUGGUCGUCUCUGCACCGAGGGCACAAUGCCUGAUUGUAUGCAGGAGGUCACCUGGGCCAAGUUAGCAUGCAAUGAAGCAUGCAAGAGGUUACAUACAGAGGUUGCUUAUGAUGCUGAGAUUUUGAAAAUGAUCACUUCUCGAGGUUCCCACCUGUGCGGUGAGGUCAAAACUAAAGUUCGGCCCUAUGUGGCAGACGAGUAUGGGUUCGAGACCAGUACAAAGCAAUCUGUCAUCAAUCACAACAUCAUGCUUGCGCGCAACCUCAAAAAGGAUUUCGGAUUUGUUUAUAAGACUCGCUCGGCUGACGGCCACAAAGGGUUGUAUGGAGCGAAAAUUAUUCAGAAGGGUGUGAACGCUAUCUGGUUUCGUGAUAAGAAGGAUGAAGGGGUUGUGUAUCCAGAGUUCUACAAACCUUUUCCUGAGGUUGCGCUUGCAUUUCUCUUGACAGCGAUUGAGAGCUGCAUCGACGAGUGGAGCAGUGGUGGUCAAGCUAACAAGAUGUUCACUAUAGAUGAGUAUCAAGAUGUGCUUGGCGAGCAUCUUAACAACCUUGUAGACUUUGAUGAGCACACAAAGGCUCAAGGCCUUCUUCCCAAACUGUUAUCUCAUCUUCAUGACAAUGGCCGGACGCAUUCAAAGGCAGACCCCCUUGGUCACGAGAUUGGUCGCACCAUGGCACGUAGCGCAUUUGAUGCAGCAAUCGAGGAGUACAAUGAACGU